CGUCCGCUCAACCUAAAACUGCAAACUUUACGAAAGUUACGGCAAAGUCAACUCAGCGAUGGAGGCAUUAAGGAAAAUUGGCCAGACGGGUGGCUGUCUGGUGUCCAGAGCCCUCAGUGCAUCUCUACACAGGAGACAGACUGGUGCUGUACCCCUCUUAUUGUUACAACAGAAACGCUACUAUGCAGACCCAGGGAGCUACGUUCAGGUUGUGAGAGACACUGUUUAUGAAGAUAUCGCAGUUGUAAAAAUGAAUCGUAAACCUGUGAAUGGUUUAAACAAAGACUUCCUGACUGAGUUGAACAUCACUCUAGAGAAAUUGGAGAACAAUGCCAGCUACCGAGGGGUCAUUCUUACAUCUGCCAAUCCUGGUGUUUUCUCUGCCGGCUUGGACAUCACCGAGAUGUAUCAGAAGUCACCAGAGUACACCAGUGCCUUCUGGAGGUCUCUACAAGACUUCUGGAUGAGGCUCUAUUCAACAAACUUAGCGACCGUUGCAGCAAUCAAUGGCCAUUCUCCUGCCGGUGGUUGUCUGAUGGCCUUAAGCUGUGACUACAGGGUCAUGGCUCAGGGUAAAUUCACCAUUGGACUCAAUGAAGUACAACUGGGUAUUGUGGCUCCAUUCUGGUUUCAAGAACUAAUGAUCAGAACAUGUGGAGAGAGGGAAACAGAGAAGGCUUUGCAACUUGGUACGUUGUACAGUCCAGAGGAGGCAUUGAAGGUCGGCGUGGUGGAUGAAAUCGUCCCGUUGGAGGAUGUAACAUCUGUGGCUCGGGAACGUCUUAUCAAGUGGCUUCAGAUACCAGAUCAUGCGAGGGUCCUCUCUAAACAGAUGGGCAGACACCAACUACGUGAGAAGCUCCAUUCCAAACAGGAGGAGGAUAUCGCUUUCUUUACAAACUUCAUCACAAAAGAUGCGAUUCAGAAGUCCAUCGGAAGGUACCUGGAGGGCCUGAAGAACAGAAAGAAGUAAGCUACAUGGAUAGUGGGGACGUUGGCAUUUUGGGACUUUUUCUGGAACAUUUAAGUCAAAGCAAGACUUAAAGGCAGUGGACACUAUUGGUAAUUAUUCAUAAUAAAUUUUCGCAAAAAAAACUCAAUUGGUAAUGAG